GGGAGCGAGAAGUAAUUUGGGAGAGGUACCUGCGCGGAAGGAUAACGCCCCUGAUUGCCAAGUGGAGACUGCAGAAAGCCAAGUCGCAUAUAGAAGUCUGAAGCCGAGGAGAGCACAUCACACGCACGGAGUACGUAGGGACAUUUGGGAGUGAGAGGUUUUUGGAUCUAUUUAUUGAGGAUAUUUGAUGUGCAUUAAAACUCUUGGCAAAAGAAGAAGAAAAGAACCUCUGGAUCUAUGCUAACCUUACGUGGGAUUAUUAAGGAUCUGUAAAGCAGAAGAGAAGGAAUGCAUCAUUUCUUUGUGAAACUAAUAUUUCUGAUUUCAUUGACUGGUUUAACACGAGGUCUGAGAUGCACGCUACCCGCUGAGACAUGUUUGAAUGGAGGGAGGUGCGAAACCGCUUCUGAUGGAUCAGGAGAAUGCAGGUGUACUGACAGAUAUGCGGGCAGCAGAUGUCAGGUUACCAACCCCUGCCUCAGCUCUCCGUGCAAGAAUGCUGGGACAUGCCGGGUAGUUACCCACGGUAACACUGUGGAUUACAUCUGUCAGUGCCGCAUCGGGUUUACGGACCGGCUUUGCCUCACACCUACCAACAAUGUGUGCCUGAGCUCUCCCUGCAAGAAUGGAGGAACAUGUGACCUGCUCAGUCUCACUGAGUACAAGUGCCAGUGCCCUCCGGGGUGGUCAGGUCAAAUGUGCCAACAGGCUGAUCCCUGUGCCUCUAACCCUUGUGCCAAUGGUGGGCUGUGCACCCCCUUUGAAGCCCACUACAUUUGCAAGUGCCCCCCGACUUUCCACGGGCAGUCCUGCAAGCAGGAUGUCAACGAAUGCGCCCAGAACCCAUCGCCAUGCCGCAACGGAGGCCAGUGCGUCAACCAGAUCGGCUCGUACCAGUGCGAGUGCCUGCCGGAGUACACGGGCAAGAACUGCGAGGUGCGCUACGUGCCUUGCAACCCCUCGCCCUGCCAGAACGGGGGCACAUGCCUGCAGACAGGAGAUACCACCUACGAGUGCACCUGCCUGCCAGGCUUCAUGGGCCAGAACUGCGAGGAAAACAUCGACGACUGUCCCGAGCACAAAUGCCAAAAUGGGGGCACGUGUGUGGAUGGGGUGAACACCUACAACUGCCAGUGCCGUCCUGAAUGGACAGGCCAGUUCUGCACGGAGGACGUCGAUGAGUGCCAGCUGAUGCCCAACGCGUGUCAGAACGGCGGCACGUGCCACAACACCCACGGCGGCUACAACUGCGUGUGCGUCAACGGCUGGACGGGGGACGACUGCAGCGAGAACAUCGACGACUGCGCCAACGCGGCCUGCUACCACGGCGCCAUCUGCCACGACCGCGUGGCCUCCUUCUUCUGCGAGUGUCCUCACGGAAGGACAGGUUUGCUGUGCCACCUGGACGAUGCCUGUAUCAGUAACCCCUGUCAGAAGGGGUCCAACUGUGACACCAACCCCGUCAAUGGCAUGGCUAUCUGCACCUGCCCCCCUGGCUACACGGGCUCUGCCUGCAACAACGACGUGGAUGAGUGCUCUCUAGGUGCCAACCCAUGUGAACACGGAGGCAAGUGCAUCAACACCAAGGGCUCCUUCCAGUGCAGCUGCCUGCAGGGCUACACGGGCCCCCGUUGUGAACUGGACGUGAACGAGUGUAUCUCCAGCCCCUGCCAGAAUGAUGCCACCUGCCUGGACCGGAUAGGUGGCUUCCACUGCAUCUGCAUGCCGGGUUAUGAGGGAGUUUUCUGUGAAAUCAAUACCGACGAGUGCGCCAGUAUGCCCUGUUUGAACAAUGGGAAAUGUAUCGACAAGAUCAACGCGUUUCACUGCGAAUGCCCCACAGGUUUCGCUGGUAACCUGUGCCAGGUGGACAUUGAUGAAUGUGCCAGCACGCCCUGCAAAAAUGGGGCAAGAUGCGUGGAUGGACCCAACAAGUACACCUGCGAGUGCGCUGAAGGUUACACUGGCCCGCUCUGCGAGACGGAUAUCAACGAAUGCCUCUCGGACCCGUGCCACUAUGGCACCUGCAAAGACGGCAUUGCCACCUUCACCUGCUCCUGCCAGCCCGGCUUCACGGGCCGACUCUGCGAAAUUAACAUCAACGAGUGUCAGAGCCAGCCCUGCCAGAACGGAGGCACUUGUCAAGACCGACAGAACAACUACAUUUGCACCUGCCCCAAGGGCACAACAGGCCCAAACUGUGAAAUCAACCUGGAUGACUGCAAGAGCAAACCCUGCGAUUAUGGCAAGUGCAUCGACAAGAUCAAUGGUUACGAGUGUGCCUGUGAGCCGGGAUACACAGGAGCCAUGUGCAAUGUCAACGUCGACGAAUGCACGUCCAACCCCUGCCACAAUGGUGGAACUUGCAAAGAUGGCAUAAACGGUUUCACUUGUAUCUGCCCUGAGGGCUACCAUGACCCCACCUGUCGCUCGGAGGUGAAUGAGUGUAACAGCAACCCAUGCAUUCACGGCAGCUGUCAGGACGAUGUCAAUGGCUACAAGUGUCACUGUGACUCUGGCUGGAGUGGGACAAACUGUGACAUCAACAACAAUGAGUGUGAAUCCAACCCCUGCAUGAAUGGAGGCACUUGCAAAGACAUGACCAGUGGAUACGUCUGUACCUGCAGAGCGGGAUUUAGUGGUCCAAACUGCCAAACUAACAUCAAUGAGUGUGCUUCUAAUCCCUGCUUGAAUCAAGGAACCUGCAUUGAUGAUGUGGCUGGCUACAAGUGCAACUGCUUACUGCCUUACACUGGGGAAAACUGUGAGGAAAUCCUUGCUCCUUGUGGCCCCAAACCCUGUAAGAACAGAGGUGUGUGCAGGGAGUCGGAGGACUACGAGAGCUUCUCCUGUGUGUGUCCUGAGGGCUGGCAAGGGCAGACCUGUGAAGUUGACAUCAACGAGUGUGUUAAGAACCCCUGCCUCAACUCCGGGUCCUGCCAGAACACCAUCGGUAGUUACAAAUGCAGCUGUAAGCCAGGCUAUACCGGCCGCAACUGUGAGACCGACAUUGACGACUGCCAGCCCAAUCCAUGCAGUAACGGAGGCUCCUGUACAGAUCGCAUAGACGGCUUCCUGUGCGCCUGCUUGCCGGGAUUCCGGGGAAGCAAGUGCGAGGAGGACAUCAACGAGUGUGACAGCAACCCCUGCAAAAACGGUGCCAACUGCACAGACUGCGUCAAUGGCUACACCUGCACCUGUCCGCCGGGCUUUAGUGGCAUCCAGUGUGAAAACAACACUCCCGACUGCACGGAGAGCUCUUGCUUCAACGGGGGUACCUGUGUGGACGGCAUCAACACUUUCACCUGCUUGUGUCCUCCUGGCUUCACGGGCAGCUACUGCCAGCACGACAUCAACGAGUGCGACUCCAAGCCCUGCCUGAACGGGGGCACCUGCCAGGACAGCUAUGGCACUUACAAGUGUACCUGUCCUCAGGGCUACACCGGCCUGAACUGCCAGAACCUGGUGCGCUGGUGUGACUCUUCGCCCUGUAAGAACGGUGGCACGUGUUGGCAGACUGGCACUUCGUACCGCUGUGAGUGCCAGAGUGGCUGGACUGGUCUUUACUGUGACGUCCCCAGCGUUUCCUGUGAGGUUGCAGCUAAACAGCAAGGUGUUGAUGUGACGCAGCUGUGCAGGAAUUCUGGCCAGUGUCUGGAUGCUGGCAAUACCCACUACUGUCGAUGCCAGGCAGGCUACACUGGCAGCUACUGCGAAGAACAAGUGGAUGAAUGUACACCUAAUCCCUGCCAGAAUGGAGCCACCUGCACGGACUACCUGGGUGGAUACACUUGCGAGUGUGUGCCAGGAUACCAUGGAGUCAACUGCUCAGAAGAGAUCAAUGAGUGCCUUUCCCAGCCCUGUCAGAAUGGAGGGACCUGCAUUGACCUCAUCAAUACAUACAAGUGCUCCUGUCCGCGGGGAACUCAAGGUGUGCACUGCGAGAUCAACGUGGACGAUUGCAACCCUUUUGUAGAUCCCAUCACGCAGGAGCCCAAGUGCUUCAACAAUGGCAAGUGUGUGGACAGAGUGGGCGGCUACCACUGCAUCUGCCUGGCAGGCUUUGUGGGGGAGCGCUGCGAAGGGGACGUCAACGAGUGCCUGUCCAACCCCUGCGACCCGCGAGGCACUCAGAACUGCAUACAGCUUGUCAACAGCUACCGCUGUGAAUGCCGCACAGGCUACACAGGGCAGCGCUGCGAUACAGUAUUUGAUGGCUGCAAAGGAAAGCCAUGUCGGAAUGGAGGAACAUGCGCCGUGGCCAGUAACACUCCGCAUGGCUUCAUCUGCAAAUGUCCUCCUGGCUUCACCGGAUCCACCUGCGAAUACGACACUCACUCGUGUGGUACGUUGCGGUGUCGAAACGGGGGCACGUGCAUCCUGGGUCACAAGAGUCCUAAAUGCCUGUGCACCGACGCCUUCACUGGGCCUGAAUGCCAGUACCCGGCCAAUAGCCCCUGCAACUCCAACCCCUGCUAUAACGGGGGCACCUGUGAGAACUCCCUGGAGGCUCCCUUUUACCACUGCGUCUGCCCCACCAAUUUCAACGGGCUCCUGUGCCACAUCCUGGACUACAACUUCCAGGGCGGGUUCGGGCGGGACAUCACGCCUCCUCCCGAGGUCGCGGUCAGCUGCGAGAUCCCCGAGUGCGAGAAGCGCAGGAACGACAAGAUCUGCGACCGCCUGUGCAACAACCACGCCUGCGGCUGGGACGGCGGGGACUGCUCCCUCAACUUCGACGACCCCUGGAAGAACUGCACCAUGUCCCUGCAGUGCUGGCGCUACUUCAACGACGGCAAGUGCGACGAGCAGUGCGACAACGCUGGCUGCCUCUACGACGGCUUCGACUGCCAGAAUUUGGAGGGCCAGUGCAAUCCACUCUAUGACCAGUAUUGUAAGGAUCACUACGCUGACGGGCACUGCGAUCAAGGCUGCAACAACGCGGAGUGUGAGUGGGACGGUCUAGACUGCGCCAACAACAUGCCGGAGAAGCUGGCGGACGGCAGGCUGGUGCUGGUGGUCCACAUCCUCCCGGAUCAGCUGAAGAACAACUCCUUCGGCUUCCUCCGGGAGCUCAGCAGGGUGCUGCACACCAACGUGGUCUUCCGCAAAGACAGCAAGGGCGAGUACAUGAUCUUCCCCUAUUACGGCAACGAGCAGGAGCUCAGGAAGCACAACAUCAAGAGGUCAGCAGAUAGCUGGACGGAGAUCCCUGGAAAUGUUUUCAACAAGAUGAAGAACUCCAUGUACACGGUGGUGAACGCCAGGAAGCGCAGGGAGCUGGACCAGAUGCAGAUCAAGGGGUCAGUGGUGUAUUUGGAAAUUGACAACAGGCAGUGUUACCAGCAGUCUACAGAAUGUUUCCAAAGUGCAACAGAUGUGGCUGCCUUCUUGGGAGCUCUGGCCUCCAGUGGAAACCUGAAUGUUCCCUACAUCAUUGAGGCUGUUACAAGUGAGAACACGGACUACUCUUCGCCCCCGGGGCUCUACUCCAUCUACGUGGUGCUGGCCGCCCUGGCUUUGCUGGCGUUCGUUGGCGUGGGGGUGGUGGUCUCCAGGAAGCGGCGCCGGGAGCACGGCCAGCUGUGGUUCCCCGAGGGCUUCAAAGUGAACGAACCCAACAAGAAGAAACGCCGGGAGCCGGUGGGGGAGGACUCUGUGGGAUUGAAGCCACUGAAGAACUCCUCCGACAUGUCCCUCAUGGAUGAUAAUCAGAACGAGUGGGGGGAUGAGGAACCUUCAGACACCAAGAGAUUCAGGUUUGAAGAGCAGGCGAUGUUGGACCUGGAUGACCAGACUGACCACCGGCAGUGGACACAGCAGCACCUAGAUGCUGCAGACCUCCGCAUCCCCUCCAUGGCCCCCACCCCCCCUCAGGGCGAGAUCGACAACGAUUGCAUGGACGUCAAUGUCCGCGGUCCAGAUGGCUUCACUCCCCUGAUGAUCGCCUCCUGCAGCGGAGGAGGCCUGGAGACCGGGAACAGCGAGGAAGAGGAGGAUGCCUCGGCCAACGUCAUCUCCGAUUUUAUCUACCAGGGUGCCAACCUGCACAACCAGACAGACCGCACGGGCGAGACGGCCUUGCACCUGGCCGCCCGGUAUGCCCGCUCCGACGCCGCCAAGCGCCUCCUGGAGGCCAGUGCAGAUGCCAACAUCCAGGACAACAUGGGCAGGACGCCCCUUCACGCCGCUGUGGCUGCAGACGCCCAGGGGGUUUUCCAGAUCCUGAUCCGGAACAGGGCCACAGAUCUGGAUGCCCGCAUGCACGACGGCACCACACCUCUCAUCCUGGCUGCACGCCUGGCAGUGGAGGGCAUGGUGGAGGAACUCAUCAACUGCCAUGCGGACGUCAACGCCAUCGAUGACUUUGGCAAAUCAGCUUUGCACUGGGCUGCCGCAGUGAACAAUGUGGAUGCUGCUGUGGUGCUUCUCAAGAAUGGCGCCAACAAAGACAUGCAAAACAAUAAGGAGGAAACGCCUCUGUUCCUUGCUGCUCGAGAAGGAAGCUACGAGACUGCCAAGGUUCUGCUGGAUCAUUUCGCUAACCGCGAGAUCACCGAUCACAUGGACCGGCUGCCGCGUGACAUCGCCCAGGAACGCAUGCAUCACGACAUCGUGCGCCUGCUGGAUGAGUACAAUCUGGUGAGGAGCCCUCCCAUGCACAACGGACCCAUGAGCGCCACCCUCUCCCCUCCUCUCUGUUCGCCAAACAGCUACCUUGGCAGCAUGAAGCCUUCGGCGCAGGGCAAGAAAGCCAGGAAACCGAGUGCCAAGGGCAUCAGCUGCAAUGGCAAAGAUGCCAAAGAUAUCAAAGCCAGGAGGAAGAAGUCCCAGGAUGGCAAAGGAAGUCUGCUGGACAGCUCGGCUGUCCUCUCCCCCGUGGAUUCCCUGGAGUCUCCUCAUGGGUACAUGUCAGAUGUAGCUUCUCCACCCAUGAUGACGUCACCCUUCCAGCAGUCCCCUUCCAUGCCCCUCAACCAUCUGCAGGGCAUGUCUGACACCCACAUCGGGGUCAAUCACCUGGGCAUGGCAGGUAAGCAGGACAUGACCAUGGGAGGCUCCAGCAGGAUGCAGUUUGAUUCGGUGCCGCCCCGCCUCUCCCAUCUGCCUGUCUCCAGCCCCAGCAGCUCUGUGCUAAGCAACGGUAACAUGACCAUGGCAAUGGGUGGGGGCUCCGGCAUGAAUGGCCAGUGCGACUGGCUCUCAAGGAUGCACGGCAAUAUGGGGCAGAACCAGUUCAACCCCAUGAGGAAUACAGGCCAAGGGGGCAUGCACCAGGCCACCCCAUCCCUCCAGCAUGGCAUGAUGACCUCUCUACACAAUGGGCUCCCCACCACCACUCUGUCACAGAUGAUGAGCUACCAGGGGAUGCAGAACACCAGGCUCACCACCCAGCCGCAUUUAAUGCAGGCGCAACAGAUGCAGCAGAUGCAGCACCAGCAGAACCUUCAGCAGCAGUUACAACAGCAACAGCAGCAGCAGCAACAGCAGCAGAGCAUUCAGCUGCAGCACCAGAACUCUAAUACUGCCACCAGUGGUCACACCAUCAGCCAGAACUUCAUAAGCAGUGACCUGAGCCAGUCCGAUCUGCAGCAGGUGUCUGGAAACGCCAUACCGAUCCACACCAUCCUGCCCCAGGAGACACAGAUCCUUCCCACCUCACUCAACCAGACCAUGCCCAGCACCCAGUUCCUUACCCCUCCCUCACAACAUAGUUACUCUGCCCCCUUGGACAACACACCCAACCACCAGCACCAGAUGUCUGAUCACCCCUUUCUGACCCCUUCCCCAGGAUCCCCUGAUCAAUGGUCUAGCUCUUCUCCACAUUCCAACAUGUCUGAUUGGUCAGAAGGCAUCUCCAGCCCUCCUACAAGCAUGCAGUCCCAAAUUGGGCACAUUCCAGAUCAAUUCAAGUAGAGUGGAAAUGAAAAUCUCUGGCCUGUUUGGACCAUUUAGAUGUUUUUUUGUAAGAACUGAAGAAGCACUCUUUUAAAUAUUUUUUUGAAAAGCAAGGAAAAAUAAAAAAAAAAACUUGUGACUGAAGGAUCCCUUUUAUAUGUUUUUAUACUAACGAGGAUGAGAAUUAUGUUCUAUUCAUUUUGUAUUUAUUUAUGUACUUUUUAUUUUACAUGGAGAAAAGAAACACUGCCUUGUUAUUUAUACAUUUAAUUGUCGUCUGUGCUAAAGAAAUUGCAGGGGUAUAAGGAUUGGGCCCUCUGUUAAAUCUUAGGGGAAUAAAAAAAAUAGCUUUUGUAGAAAAAAAAACAGCUUGGCUUAUUUUAUGUUAAUGCUUUUGUCUGCAACAGUAAAAGAAAGAUUACUGAUAAUGUAAACACUGGUUAUUUAUUGGUGUCUUAAAAAUGUUACUUCAUUAAUUUGUACACCAAUUUUUAUUUUAUUGUGCUACUGUAUAAUCUUUGUAAAAAGUGCUUAUGAAUGUUUUUUUUUCCUUUAUUUUAGAACAUUUUAUAGAAGAGAUUCUUAAGUCUUUGUUUAAAGCUUCAGUAUUAAGUAGAUGUAUAUUUGUCCCUUAACAAAAAGUAGGAUUCGUUUUAAAAGUUUUUUUUUCUGUAGAAAUCACCAGUUUUCUGUUUCGAUAAGGGUCUCAUGUAACCAGAAUCCAUAAGCUAAAUACGCAUACAUACCGAUGGUGUAUGCAUUUAGAUAUUAAAAUGUAUUUCAGCUCUACAUGUCAAGAUCUCAGAAUGUUGUUCUUGUCAUUCAGGUAACUGCCACUACUUUUCAUGAUAUAAGCCCCUGGUAGAAUUUGGUUUUGUGGGAAAAUACUGUUUAUGUCCAGACUGUGGUGAAAUUGGAUUCCAAUAUUUUGAACAAAAGGAAAAUAGAAAAAAAUGUCAUUCCUGAGGUGCACAGCAGUUACAGAACAGGGAUGCUGUUUGUCUUGUGUGUAAACAUCCUUGCCAGGGCACAGUAUUUAUAAUUUACUGCACUAGGAUCUUUCAGGAAUUGUAAAGAAAAGGGCGUUGUCACAUGCCUAGUGAACAAGUGCACCAGACUAAUCUGUCUAUGCAGGAAUGGAAAAUAAAGAAAGAUGGGACAAACGUAUUGUCUGAGUAAGUGCAAAGAUUGCACAGUGUUUUUUGACACUUUUGUCUUUGUUCUUUCAGAAAACAGUUGUGUUGACAAACCAUUUGAGGUGCUUUUAGGAAAAGAAGAGGGAAGAUUCUUUCUUUUCCUUUUUUGCUCAUCUUUAAAAUGGGUUUUCAAUGACUGUAAUACUUGUUUGAAGCAAGCCUGUGGCCAGGUGUGUUUAAUGUGUAAAUAAGGUGUUUUUACGAAAGCAGGAUUUUGUUUCAGAAAUCUAAGUCUUAAAUGUCAUGUCAAUUAGAGAUGUCACAAUGUUUAGAGGGAUUUUUUGUUUCAUCAUGCAUACAUUACAUGUAUGUUACUCAGUAUUACUGAGGAAGAAUUAAAUAUAAAUAUGUUGAAAUAUAUAUAAAAGAAAUGGGAUAUGUUUCUAGUCCCUACAUAUUAAAAAGAAAAAGAAACAGUAAGUCUUUAUAAAUCAUUAUUUAUUGAUUUCUGCUGUAAUACAAGAUAAGCCACUCUGUAUCCUUGGGAUUUAGGGUACGAUGUAUGAACUCAGCAUUUUUAAAAGAAAAAACUUGUUUUGUAGCGUUCUAAUCUGUUGUGAUAUUGUGACAUCUCUAAUGCUUUUUUGAUGAGCAUCUGAUGGUGUCCGUUCUUACUGUCAUGUUUUAUAAACUAGACUGUAGUUUACAAAGGAAAUGUAAUACAAUGUCUGUAAUAAAUUACCGACCUGCAAAGUUGUAGUUUGCAAAAAAGUAUUUUCUGUUAACUGAUUUGUAAAUGAUUGUUUCUUGCUACAAUAAAUGAUGCCAUUGUCUAGGUUUUACUAAAA